UUAGACGUUCAUCAUAUUAUGGACCAUGUCCAAAUUACAUUUUUCCUGUAUAUUUAUAAUAAUUGUUUUAUCAGAACUUUUGCAAUGUGAAGUGUAUAACAAUCGACCCAAAAUCAAAACGGUUGAUGGUGAUCUUAUAUUUACACCUGGAUACGAUAGAAGCAUUUAUUUGAAUCCUAACGGACCAAAGUCGAAGAUAUUCUACGGUGAAAUAAAUCUUUUAAAUAUUUACAACAAAUCAAAUACUGAAGAGUUAAACAUAUUUAACGAUAGAACAACGAGUGAUAAUGGUCAAUUAAGUGAUGUUUUUAGAAGAAUUCAAAAUUUGGAAACAUUAACUAAUUCAUUCCCAAGUAACGUGAAUUUAAAUAUUUCGUAUUUAACCCGCAAAAUUAAUAAUCUCGCUAACAGAGUUCGUACGAUUCAAACUUUACUUAACACAAAAAAUAAAGACGACUGUCAAUCCUAUCCUUGUGAAAAUGGAGGCACUUGCUUAAACUUAGUUAACGGUUAUUACUGUUUAUGUCCUACAACUUGGAAAGGAGCCAACUGUGAUGAAGACGUUAAUGAAUGCCGUAAUUUUGCGGGUACCGACUUGGGAUGUCAAAAUGGUGCAACAUGUAUUAACAGACCAGGUUCCUAUGAAUGCAUUUGCAAACCUGGUUGGUAUGGCUUAGAUUGUACAAGAACAGCCAAGAAUUGUUCAGGAGGGGACUUUGAAAUGUGUGGCCACGGCAUGUGCCUGCCAAUUACUAGCGGAGAGGGUAUAAAAUGCAUUUGUAAUCAAGGUUGGACAACUGAUGGCACCGGCGCUUGUUUACAGGAUGUAAAUGAGUGCUUGUCUGGUCAAGGAUCGCGCUGCUCCGUAAAUCCAAGAGUAGAAUGCAUAAAUUUACCUGGUUCUUUUCGAUGUGGAGCCUGUCCGAAAGGCUAUGAAGGAGACGGUUUUGCUUGUUAUGAUGUAGACGAAUGUCUAACUAUUCCAAAUGGUGGUUGCAGUAUGAGUCCUUUAGUAUCGUGUUACAACACUGUUGGUUCUCGCAUAUGUGGAGCAUGUCCACCUGAUUAUCAAGGCGAUGGAAUCACAUGUAUAUGGACUGGUUCAUGUUCUAUAAACCACGGAGGAUGUCAUCCAUCAGCUCAAUGUCUUGAAAAUCAAGGUAUAAGACGAACACCUCAAUGUAUAUGUCCUUAUGGAAUGCAAGGCGAUGGAAUCGGGAUUCAUGGCUGCUACGUAUCAUCAAGAGGAAAUAAUACUCAGCAAUGUGAAGACAAUCCUUGUGGCGAUCAUGGGCAUUGUCAUCCGUUAAGACAAGGUUAUACGUGUAUUUGUUAUCCAGGUUACAGUGGCGCUCACUGCACGCACCAGAAUAACAUGUGUUCGGACAAUCCAUGUCACAAUGGAGGCAGUUGCAGGCUUGAUGAUAGGUCAUCACGAGGGUUCAAAUGUGAGUGUACUGCUUUAUAUUCUGGUGAUCUUUGUCAAAUUCAUAUUCAACAAUGUGGCGGAUUUCUAGACUCGGAAGAGGGUAGCAUAAUAUAUCCGUUAACAAAUACAACAUACGGACAUAAUUCGCGAUGCGCUUGGGUAAUUCAUACCGCCCCAGAUAAAGUUAUAAACGUAACGUUUAGUAAAUUCAACUUAGAAAAUGACACACCGGAGUGUAGAUUUGAUUUUCUACAAAUUCAUGACGGUAGAAAUUCAGCACGUCAACUAAUCGGUAGAUUUUGUGGUAGUAAUUUUCCAAAUGGAGGAAACAUCAUCUCCAGUCAUAAUUAUUUAUAUUUUUGGUUCCGAUCUGACCAUUCAGUUGCCAAAGAUGGAUUUGCGUUACAUUGGAAUAGCGUACCCCCUGUGUGUGGUGGGGAAAUAGAUGCGACAACUCACGGACAUAUUAGUUCACCCGGCUCACCAAACACAUACCCGCCUAAUCGGGACUGUUACUGGCACUUAAAAACAACAUUUGGUAAAAAAAUACAAUUGCAUUUCUUCGAACUCGAUAUAGAAAACCAUGCUAACUGCAGUUUCGAUUAUUUAGCAAUUUAUGAUGGAGAACAUACAACAGACCCACUCCUUAAUAAAUAUUGUAACACCACACAACCUGCGCCUAUACAAUCAGCCAGUUCAGAAAUUCUUAUACACUUCCAUUCCGAUGCAAUGGGUUCUGGUAAAGGUUUCCAAAUCGCAUUUGCGCCUAUAGAGGGCGUGCCCGGGUGUGGUGGGUAUUUUACUUCGGAUAAAGGGGAAAUUGGAUCACCAUCUUACAAUGGCCUUUAUCUGAGUAAUUUACUUUGUGAGUACAAAAUAACUACUCGCCCGGAUACAAGAAUUCGUAUUUCAUUCAAGACUUUUAAAUUAGAAAAUUCAUUAACAUGUAAAUAUGAUUCUGUGAAAAUAUAUGAUGGCCCAACAUCGGAUUCUCCUCUAGUUGGUAAAUUUUGCGGUACAACUCUUCCAAAGACAUACACUUCCUCUACCAACAAACUUUUUAUUUUGUUCAAAAGUGAUCACACAGUAGCCUCCGAGGGGUUUAAAAUAGAUUUUGAAUCCAUUUGUUUUCAAACAAUAGUGGGCGACAGUGGAAUCGUUAAGACUCCAAAUUAUCCUAUGUUUUAUCCAAAAAACACUGUUUGUGAAUAUGUUAUUAGUACAGCUCCAGGUAAAGUAAUUCAGCUAACAUUCCAAGAUUUUGAUAUCGAAGAUAGUAGUUAUUAUAACUGCACUUACGAUUAUGUCGAAAUCAGGGACGGGCAUUUUAACAACUCAACUUUAUUGGGUAAAUAUUGUGGUAAUUCGGAAGUUGUACCACCUACACAAAUAUCUACUUAUAAUUAUAUGUAUAUUAAGUUUAAUUCAGAUAUGAGUAUAAAUGGUAGAGGCUUUUAUUCAAACUUCACUACAGUAGACACAGAAUGUGGCGGUAUUUAUAAAGAGAAUUCAGGCAUUAUCAAUCACCCCGCGGACAGCAGUGAAUAUUAUUCUAACAAUCAAAAUUGUACGUGGUUCAUAAUUGCUCCAGAAGGAAUGCACAUUAAAUUAACAUGGAACAGAUUCGAUCUUGAAAAUAUGCGGUCAUGUGAUAGUGAUUAUGUAGAAAUUAUUGAAAGUGAUGAUUACAAUGACGAUAAUAUUUUGGGAAAAUAUUGUGGGAGUACAAUGCCCCCAGCCUUAACAACUUCAUCUAGUUACCUUAAAGUACGGUUUAUAUCAGACAUAAGUAUUCGUGACAGUGGAUUUUCGUUAUCAUAUUCAUUUUUAGAUGAGCAUAAUCACUGCGAUGGCUUAUUUGUUAAAUCUCAUGGAUAUAUAUUUUCACCAAAUUGGCCUGAAACUUAUGAGCCUAACCGAGAUUGUACAUGGAAAAUAUCUGUUCCUAUUGGUCGUCAAAUAGCACUUAACAUAACUGACUUUGACCUUGAGCGUCCUCUGCGUGACAAAUGUGAUUUAGGAGACUACCUGGAAAUAAGAGAUGGCUCAACUGCAGAUUCUUCUUUGAUAGGAAAAUAUUGCGGAUCUUUCACAUCCAAAAGAUUAGUAUCAACAGCUAACAGCUUGUAUCUCCAUUUCCAUUCUGAUUUUUAUUUAAGCGGAAGAGGAUUUCAAAUUGAAUGGGACGGUGCUUUAUAUGGCUGUGGAGGAACACUCACUAGUGUGUCAGGUUCUAUAUCAUCACCUAAUUAUCCACAAAACUACCAUGAAAAUGCAGAAUGUUUUUAUCGUAUAAUUACAAGUGCUGGAUCAAAAAUUCGAAUAAGCUUCACGGACUUAGAUUUAGAAAAAACAAGAGAUUGUAGAGACGAUUACGUAGAAAUAUUCAACGGACGUGAUGAACACUCUUCAAGUUACGGCAGACAUUGUAUCAUGUCACCUACACUGAACAAUAUUGAAACCACUACCAAUUACGCUUUUAUUAAAUUUAGGUCGGACAUUUUCAUCAGUGGCAAAGGAUUUUUACUUAACUAUGAUACUGUUUGUAAUAAUAACAUUAGUGGAAACUAUGGAGUUAUUGAAAGUCCUGGUUAUCCAGACAAAUAUCCAUUAAACAUAAAUUGUUUAUGGAACAUAACUGUUCCUAAAGGUAACAAAAUUAAUAUUACAUUUACAAACUUUGAUGUCUUUUCAACUUUCCGCCUACAUAGAUAUUCGCCAGUUUACCAGCAUCCUUGGAGCAGUAGUCCAUAUCCUGUUAGGUCAUUCUAUACGCCAUUUCACCGUUACUAUCAAUAUUCACACAGUGGGAAUUGUGAAAUAGAUUAUUUACAGACAAAAGAGACAUCUGAUGUAAACUUUUCUGAAAGGCUAUGUGGAAACUCGCUACCCAAACCAAUAACUAGUAAUACUAAUUCCAUGCAAAUAAAAUUUGUUACUGGAGGAUAUUUUCCAAAGGCCGGUUUUCGUUUAGAAUGGUUUAACUUUGGCUGUGGCGGGUAUAUUACAAAAAAAUCAGGCUCUUUAUCAAUGGACAGGAUCUCAACUCCAGGUCAAUUAGAAUGUGAAUGGAUUAUAGAAACUCCAGGAGGGACAGCAGUGUCUAUAAAUUUUACGGAAUUCUUCCUGGCUGAAUCUAAAAAUUGUACUACAGAUGCGAUCGAAAUAUAUAACGGCCAAAGCAUUGAUUUUCCAUUAUUAACAAAAUUUUGCCUUAAGGGGCAAAUUAACGUUGAAGCUAGCUCCAAUUUUUUGUUAGUAAAAUUAAUUAAACAAUCGUCAUUACGAGAUGUAUAUUUUAAAUCUACUUUCACUUCUCAUAGGAGCCGCUGUGGCGGUGUAAUAGAAUCUCCAUCAGGUUCAAUUCAUUCAAUUAAUUAUCCCAAAAACUACGAUAAUAACAUGGAUUGCUUAUGGUCUAUCAGGGUACCGAAAAAUCACAGGAUUAUGUUGAACUUCAUUGAUGUGGACUUAUACUCUAAUCCAUCAUCUUAUGACGAUGAUGAUUGUGGUGACUUGAUAAAAAUUUACGAUAGUCCCAAUAUAUUGAGUUCAAAUUACACUUGGCUUAUAUGUCCAAACACAAAUACAACUCAAAUAAUUUCUAAUACUUCAUCAAUAGUAGUACAGUUUAAAACUGAUGAAUAUGGAACGGCCAAAGGGUUUAAAGCUAACUUUAAUAUGACUUGUGGUGCAAUAAUUGAGGCAAAAAAUGAUGGAAUUAUUAGUAAUGAUAAAUUUUUGACCAGUGCGAACCAAAAUUGUACCUGGACCAUACUAGCACCCGAACCUAGUAAAAAGGUAAUAUUAACCAUACGGUACAUAUCAUUGCCUAAGAACGCUGAAAUUAUAACAAAUCGAAAAUGUCCGUCAUCUUACCUUAGAGUUUACGAUGGAAACGAUGAAAUGGCACCUCUCGUUGAAGAGUUCUGUGGUAGAAAAGUGCCGCCCACUAUCGUAAGUCAUGGGAGUGCCCUGACAGUUCAGUUAGGUUCUUACACUAAUAAUAUAGAGGGCCAUUUUUCCGCACACUUUUCUACUUUAAUUAACGCAUGUGGAGGAGAACUAUUGUCAGAAGAAGGAACCAUCGCUUCACCGAAUUAUCCAUUGUCAUAUCCUAAUAAUGCAAACUGUGAGUGGAUUUUAAGCACAUCACCUGGAAACAGGGUUUAUAUUACAUUCGAUAGCUUUGACGUAUAUUAUUCCGAUGGAUGUAAUGAAGACUACUUAGAAGUAAGAGAAAAUAAUGGUGGUGGUAAGCUUAUAGCUGUUUAUUGUGGUCAAGAUGUACCAUAUAAUACAACAACAGGAACAAAGCUGUACAUUAAAUUUCAUAGCAAUAAUAGAAAUACUGGUAAAGGGUUUCUUCUUCAUUACGGGUUUCUUCACGGCAAUGACAUUACAGGAUUACGGAGUGGUGAAAUAACAUCUCCUCUUUAUCCAUUACCGUAUUUAGGAAUUGGCGAAUAUAGUUGGAGGAUAAUUGUGGAAGACUCAAAGACUAUUUCUUUAAAUAUUAAUCACUUAGAGAUACAUAAGACACAGGAUACUUGUAAUAGCAAGUUAUUGAUUUAUAAUGGAUACGAUGAAGACGCUCCCUUAUUAGAAGAACUUUGUGGAUUAUUAACACAGGAAAGUAAACUGUUACAAACCACUUCUAAUGUUGGCUUUAUUAAACUUGUUUUAGACGAUACGAAUAUUGGGUCACUUUUCCGUAUUGCUUGGGCAGAUACCUACUCCAACUUGGGAGUUGAGACUCAGGGACUAAUCAAAUGCGGAACAAAUGACACAAAACUUAUUUCUGUUGAUAAUGACUUUGUAAUAACUUCUCCUAAUUAUCCCGAUUCUUAUGAUUCUGACUUGGAUUGUGUUUGGAUUCUUAAAGCAGCUCCAAAUCACCAUAUAAAAUUGAUAUUCGAUGAAAUAUCACUUGAAGAGACUCCAAAUUGUUUCGCUGACUACAUUUCAAUUUAUUCUUCAACAGACCUUGCUAUCUGGACCCCAUUAUCAGAAAAAAUAUGUUUAUCAGAAAAAGAAAAAGUUCCAUUCGAUUCAACUAUUUAUAUGAAAAUUACAUUUCAUUCAGAUUCGAGCAUAUCUCGUAAAGGUUUUAAAGCUCGAGCAACCGCUGCAUGUGGUGGAUUACUACUAGACAAAUCUGGAGUAGUAGAGUUUACAAAAUCAGAUAUUAUACAUUUUACUCAAACUAUAUACCCUGAGCUACGAUGUAACUGGACUAUUAAAGUACGUCCUGGGCGUAAAAUAAAGAUUAAUUUCGAAUACGUGAACAUAACAAAUAAUGACGUUUGUAAUGAUUAUAUUUUGCUAAGAAACGGUGAGACUGUUGAAUCGCCAUACUUGGGCAAUGGAAAAUACUGUGGUUAUUCUCAUGAAAACGUAAGUGGAAUAGUUUCAUCUAGUAAUAUCGUGACUCUUACUUUUGUAAGCUCAGAGUUCAUAGUUCCUAUAACUGAUCUAAAACAAUUUCCAUCCUUUAAGUUACAUUACGAAGAAGAAAACAUAGAAUGUGGAGCUACUUCUACUUUAGAUUUCAGCCACAGAUGGGAAAUUAUAACUUCUCCAAAUUAUCCGUCAGUCCCUAUUCCGUAUACGGAAUGUGUUUGGACAUUUCGAGGUCCUCCAGGUGAAAUAAUUAGAAUCGACUUCUUAGACAGAUUUGACUUGAAACCAACUGAUGAUUGUUCUUCUGAAUACAUUGAAGUAAGAGACGGAUCUUCUCGAUUUUCACCUCUUAAAGGGCUAUUAUGCAAAGAGCGACCACGACCUGGCACAAUCAAAAGUAGUGAUAAUAAUAUAUUUAUCAAAUAUAAAACACAAAUAUCAGAACCUCGAGAUGGUUUUAAAGCUAAUGUGUCAAUUGAUAUGUGUGGAGGAACUAUUGUAUCUGAAUCAGGUGAACUAUCGUCACCUGGUUAUCCUCAUAUGCUUGUACUGCAUGCUGGAGUCGUGUGUGAAUGGGAAAUAAUAUCGCUUCCAAAACACGUCAUACAUCUACAUUUCACUGAUAUAGACUUACCAGAUAGCAAAAUAUCGUGUCAAACUAAAGUCACUGUUGAAGAAUCAAUACCAGGAAAUAACUCGGUGGCAGACGCUCAGUUAAAAACUUUUUGUAACGAUGACUAUGAGGAGUUUACAGAGACAAUUGAAACACUGACAAACAAAGUCAUCGUGAAACUAUAUUACGGGGAACCGAGCGAAUGGUCACAUACAUCUGACAGUAGAGGUUUCAAACUGACAUUUAAUUCAUCUAGACCUUCUUGCGGUGGAACAAUAACAGCUGACGAGGGUUAUUUGACAUCACCAGGCUAUCCAAAAGAAACAUCAUUACGGUUUUGCCAGUGGAAAAUUAUAGUGCCGAACAUUAAUCGUAGAAUACGCUUAGAAUUAAUAGAUUUUGAAGAAAACCAAAAUAUUAAUGCUUAUAAUGAUUUGUCAUUUAAUUCAAGGAUAGAUAAAAAUGAUGAAAGGAAUUUGUCACAAACUGUUUUCGAAUCAAGUCAAAAUAAAUUAACGUUUUAUGUGUGGUUGUUAUCAAAAGGUAAGGAUACACAGAAAUUUAAAGCCAAGUUUAGUUCGGAGGAUCCUGCUUUAUGUGGUGGUAACUUACAAGGAACCCAAGGAAACUUAAUGUCACCUAAUCUGCAGACGGCAUACUUUUGUGAAUGGCAGUACACAAAAACAGACGGACUUUCAAGUGAGGCUGAAGUGCUUAACACAAUAUACUUAACUGUCAAUGUGUCAUCGUUAAUUAAAAACAGCUGUCGUUAUCUUGAUUCCAAGCUUUCUAUAAAGUCAGAUACAGGGUUAGACGGCAUUUUAUUUAGUCGAGUUAUUUGCUCCAGUAAUGAAGUUAAUUACAGAAUACCGAUUUCGACUAUGCAACUAACAGCUCUUCAAUUUAAAGAAAAGCCCUUUACCUUCUAUCUCAAUUGGAAGUUGCAGCCAUGUGGAGGUGUAAUCCGUACAGGACAAGAAGCGGUAAACAUAAUUAAUAUACCGAAUAGUCAUAACGACACCAUAGAUUGUGCUUGGGUUAUCACCGCCCCUGAAGGAUUUAGAGUAGAAUUCAAGGUAGAAGGUAUGUUUAACUUAGACUGUUCAGAUGAAUUCAUUGAAAUAAAAUCAGGAUUAGAGGAAUCUACUAGUUUUGGUAAAUAUUGCAAGAAUAAUAUGCCAGAACGUGCACUUGUAUCGUCAUUUAUGAAUCCAUACAUAGAAUAUCAUUCAGCAUCCCAGAACCAAAGAAAUAUUAAACUUUUAACUAGAGUUGUCACUUAUCAAUGUGGAGGAUAUCUCAGACAAUAUGAUAAAGUUAUUACUACACCUAACUAUCCUAGAGAAUAUGAAAGUAAUCAAGAAUGCACGUGGGAAAUUGAAGCAGACAUAGGCUAUAGGAUAUCUUUUAAAUUUGUCGAUCGAUUUGUAAUAGAAGAAAAACCAAAUUGCACAAAAGAUGCUGUUAUAAUUUAUGACUGGAAAGAAAAUAAAUAUGAAGAAAUGGCGAGACUAUGCGGUCGCCAUCUUCCACCAGCGUAUAAUUCUACAGCUAACAAAAUGAAAGUUAUGUUUCGCACUGAUGCUGAUAUUAAUUUAGAUGGUUUCAAAGCACAAUGGGAACCUAUAUGUGGAGGAACUUUAAUAGCAAAAACUGAGGAACAAUAUUUAUAUAGUCCUGGGUACACAAACGUUUACUUCCCUCGCCUUGACUGUAAUUAUAAAAUAACAGCACCAUCACCAAAUAAAAUAUUGGUAAAAUUUUUAGAUUUCGAACUUGAAGGAAAUUAUCCUGCGUGUAAAUAUGACAAUUUGACUUUGACAGAACAUACCGAUUAUAAGCAUUUUGUGGGACUUUAUUGUGGAAAAGAAAUGCCGAAAACAAUACAACCUUUCGAAAAUGUUGAAAUAGUAUUCAAGACAGAUCGAUAUACUCAGAAAAAAGGGUUUAAGCUAUCUUAUUCAUUAUAUUCAUGUGGAGGGCAAGUAAAAGAACCUAGACUUAUAACUUCUCAGUCACCAGGAACAACAAAAACCUAUACUGACAAUACGAACUGUACCUGGUUUAUUGAAGCUCCAAUAAAUAAGACAGUGGUAGUUAAAUUUUCUUACAUAGAUUUAGAAAGUUCUUAUGAAUGCUACAGUGAUUAUGUAGCCUUAUAUGAAGGACACGUGAUUGACACCAGCAAAAGACUGUCUUUAAUUUGCGGGCAUAUUAAUUCCACAACAGUUAUAAAAAGCAAUGGUAACAAAAUGUUGUUACAAUUUGUUUCUGAUGCAGCUGUAAACUAUAAAGGUUUUCAAGCAGAAAUAUAUUUUUCAUAUUCUUCGUCAGUUGGUUGUGGUGGAGAGAUUGAUGUAAAAUCGACAUCUAGUUUUAAUUUGCGAUCGCCAUUAAUUGGCGGGAAUGUAGUAUAUGAAAACUACUUAGACUGUCAUUGGAAAAUAAAAGGGCCCGUCGAUCAUAUCAUAAAGGUUAAAUUCACAUCAUUCCAUAUAGCUUCCUGUGCACACGUUAACCAAACUGCAUUAGGUUUUAGCAAAUGUGAUUGCGAUUUAGUUGAAUUAAAAGACGGCCCUAAUCCUAACAGCUUAGUCAUAGGUACUUAUUGCGGACAUAGUUUUCCACCGGAAAUAUUCUCUUCAAGUAAUUUAAUGAGUAUAAGGUUUUCAACUGAUGGAGAAGCGGUAAGCUCUGGAUUUGAAGCAAUUUUAACAUCUCAACCAUCAUCUUGUGGUCAAUCUGUUUUUACCGUCUCUAGAACAGUUCAACGAGUUCGGUCCCCAGGAUAUGAGUCGGGAUCUAUACCACGAGGGCUACAUUGUAGUUAUGUGUUCGAUUCAGAAUCUGAACCCUAUUCCACUAUUCAUGUAAGAGUACACAAUAUGGAUUUAGAAGGUGACACAGAUAAUAACUGCGAUAAAGAUAGACUAAUUAUCUCGAGCAAAGCACCGGUACAAAACAUGAGCUUAGGUCAAAGCUUUAUUUUGAACGAGGCCGAUGAAUUUUUCAGUCACGCCUAUUUUUACGAUGCCACUGUGCGAUUCCCAACUCAUGCCGUAUUAUGUGGGUCUAAAAAAUCACUUGAUUUUUAUGUCUCCAAAAGUGUGUUGAUAAAUCUAAAAACUACACCAGAGAAUACUAUUAAACAUCGUGGUGUAGAAAUUGAAGUUGUCUAUGUAGGGUUUUGCGGUAGAAACUAUACUGAUUUACAAGGCCGACUACAAACAUCUUAUAGCUCCAAUAUAGAGACAGGUACCCUAGAUUGCUAUACACUAGUCACAGUACCCGAAAAUUAUACAAUUUCAGUUUAUUUUAUGUCCGUAUCCCCUGUUUAUUGGAGCGGUGAAAAUGUAUACUUAGAGAUAUAUGACGGUAAUAAUACGAAAGCGCCUCUUUUAACAAAAGUAUCAACUGAGUAUUCAGACUAUCUUCAAACAUUUUCUACUGGAAAUAAUAUAUUGUUACGUAAUCGUAUGAACGGAGCGGAUAUGGUCAUAUAUGACUUAAACUAUGUCGCAACUGAUAAAGGCCAAGGCUGCGGGGGCAAAUUGCAAAGCGAAAUUGGCCGAUUGACAAGUCCACUGUAUCCCCGUGUCUAUCGAAAAAAGUCUACAUGUGAGUGGGAAAUCGAGACACCCUCAAAUACACGAUUGUUUUUAAAAUUCACAAUGUUCAAUUUAGGUACUAUUUGUGACCAGAACUAUUUAAGAUUAGUCGAUAAAAGCGGCAGUACAAUCGCGACAUACUGUUCAGAAACUCCAGCCGAUUUCACAAGCGAAGAUAAUUAUGUCAAAAUAGUAUUUACCACCACCCAAAACAAUGGCGGCAAUGGCUGGGUCGCUGAUUUCUGUGGUAUCUUUUAAUUCAAGUUCAGCACCAUGAUAUUUUGUUUUACUCAUUAUAUUAAUCAAAUUACUUAAUAUUCAUCCUAUUGUAAAUAUUUUUAAGUCUAAAGUACAAGCUGCAAUGUUUUCGCUAUACCUAAAA